ACCGGCUAUUCCCUGUGACCCAAAGGCCCAUAUAAACAGCCCAUCUUCUCCCAUGCAUUACCGUACCCUUUUUAACCCAUUUUCUUGAAUUUCCUACAAAGCCGAUGCCGAGAAAUUUCUUCGAACGUAUAGCCGUCGGGCGGUACCAAGAUGAGGUGCAACACCCUGGCGCCAUCAAGGCGUUUGCGGCGGAGUUCAUAAGCACACUUAUCUUUGUGUUCGCAGGCCAAGGUUCUGGAAUGGCUUUCACUAAGCUCACGGACGGUGCAGCAAACAGCCCUGCUGGGCUAGUGGCUGCAGCACUAGCCCAUGCUUUUGGGUUGUUUGUAGCUGUGUCCGUCGGAGCAAAUAUCUCCGGCGGACAUGUCAACCCGGCCGUGACUUUUGGAGCAUUUGUUGGUGGUAACAUCACUUUGCUCCGUGGGAUCUUUUACAUCAUAGCUCAACUUCUUGGAUCCGUUGUAGCUUGCGUAUUGCUUCUCUUUUCUACUGGUGGUUUGACAACCGCCGGCUUUGCAUUGGGGGCCGAAGUAUCCGUAUGGAACGGAUUGGUGUUUGAAAUCGUGAUGACUUUUGGGUUGGUCUACACGGUGUACGCCACCGCCGUUGACCCAAAGAAGGGAGAUAUUGGCAUAAUCGCACCCAUUGCAAUUGGGUUCAUUGUUGGUGCCAACAUUUUAGCCGGUGGUGCAUUCACGGGCGCAUCAAUGAACCCUGCAGUUGCAUUCGGGCCAGCUGUUGUUAGCUGGGAUUGGGCCAACCAUUGGGUUUACUGGGCUGGACCACUUGUUGGUGGCGGUCUUGCUGCAGUCAUAUAUGAGCUCUUAUUCAUUGGACGUUCUCACGAGCCACUGCCCCAAUCCGAGUUUUAAUUUGACUUAGGGUUCAAGCAUGUAAUUUAUGUGUUGUUUUAAUAACGGUGUGUACUUUCUCGGGUUCAUGUUGUUUUAUGUGAGUGGUCGUAAAUCCGUCAAGAAAUGUUCAAGUAUUAGUACAUUGUUUCGACCCGAAAUAAAUUGUGUUAAAUGAAAAUCUUCUUGGUAAUGAU